AUGAGCUUCAACACCAUCGUCGCUUCUGAAGGAGAAGAUGGCGACAACGACAAGCCGAACCGCUUCAAAGAUGCUCGAGCUCCAAAGUCUUCCAUGGGUGACUUUGGCGAGUAUUUUGCGGAUAAGAUUCGGAAGCUACGAGAGACUGUGCAAUCUGAACGAGCAAGUGAGACUACUGGCAGUGUCGCCAUUUUCAGGGCGCAGCAUGGCGGACGAUACGAGCACUACUUUGACGCGACGGUCGUGACGCAUGUGAUCGCAGAGACACUUGCGGAAACACACUUUCAAAGGUAUCGCUCCAUGAAGAGAAACAUACAGGUGGUCCGCCCUGCUUGGAUCUCAGCAUGCGUAGGUCUGAAAGCUGGAGAACUGCUGAGCUGCUCCGAGUUCUUGCUGGAGAGAACGUCGCUUGACAUCGGGCAGAGCUCAAUCUCGUCGUUCUUGAGGGCAGGAGGAGGGAAGGCGAAGGUUGUCGAUGCUCUCAGCUUGAAGCCUGUGGGCGCCUCGCGAGGAAACGAUGACGAGAGCAUCGGACAGACGCAGGGAAAGAGAGAGCGGCUCCCUCGCUUCAGAAUGUCGCAGGAAUUCUGCGCUCAAGUUCCGAUAGACAAUGAGAAAAGCUGCGAGAGGAAAGACUGGAGACGAGAAGAUGGAGCAGAGAACUUUCAUGCAAGCAGAGACAGUGACGAGCAUGAGAAGAGAGACAACCCGACUGAACGACGAGAGCAGAACAGGCACGGGCAACAUGAGACAGAACGCAGCGAGCCAGCCAACGAGCUGAUCUCGACUCACAAUAUGUAUCAUGAAUCGUUAGAGAGGCAGAUGCCAGAGUCUGUCAAGGAGACACACGAUGAUGAAGCUGCGCGUGUCUCUGCCUUGCAACAAGAAGAGAUCAGCGCUGAAGAGUUGGAAUGCAUCUUGCAGGUCGAGAAGUUGUUGAGCUCCGGUGGCGCCUCCUCCCUCGGUCAAGAGAGUGGGAGGAAGCACAAGAGACCGAAGAUGCAUCGAUGCGAGGAGACACCAACGAUCUCGUGGGUGGGAGGCGAGGACAACCAGCGAAUUGAUGAAGACAGAAACACAAGCGGCAGCUCUUACUUUCAGAGGGUAUGGCAGAGGAAGAAGCGGAUGCUCGAGGUAGAGAGGUCGAGUGCUCAUGGGCUAUGCUGGGGCCAACGGAAUGCUUCUUUCGAGGAUGACGGAAAGGAGCGACUGACUGUCUUUGUGGGAUGUCACGACCCUCUGCUUGCAAGCUCGUCAAGAGGUCAAUUGCCCACAAGUGGCACCAAUUCAAUGAGUGACGGAAAAGAAGAGAAGGGAAAUCUAGAUGGUAAGGAGCAAGUACCCGGUUUACCUCCUGAACUUUCGACACUCUCACGCAUGAGGCACAUGCGGAGGAAGCUUCAGGACGAGCUCAAGCAACUCUCCCUCCUUCGCUUUGCUCUCACCUCUUGCCGACUUUGCUUGUCGUCCUUCAUCAUCACGGGCUCUUGUGCUGCUGUGCUUCAUUUCUCUGCGCUUAUUUCUGAACCGCCAGAGCAAUCGGACGGCCUUAGGUUGGAUGGACCCGAAGACUUAGAGUCCCACCUCGAGACGCGCCUGGCGAGUGGCCUGAGGGUGCCUUUCCACGCCGGCAGCGGCUCUGAAUUGAGCGGAGCAUUUGAGAGGUACAGGAGCAAGAGUUGUGAGGGAGAUCAAUCGGGCAUUGUGAAGAUGUCAAGAGACGACGUGAGAAGAAGGAUGAGCAUGAGAGAAGAGACGAACGUUGAUCGACAGGAGCAACGGGAGCACGAAGACAAGAGGGAUCACCAGCCAUCACGUCAAGAUCGGACAGCUCAGCAGCAAGCAAAGAAAGAACGAGAGGCGACAUCAUCCAGCCUUGUCGAUCCUCCUCGCCUCUCACAGAUAGACCCUGAUAUCAUGAAAGAGCUUCCUCUCGAGAUCCGGGCUGAGCUGCUGUUACAUCUCAAGGGGACGUCAAGGAGCUCAGCACAAGACAAGAAAUCUGACCAUAACAAGAAGUACACGAGUGCGAAGCUCGCCAAUAAGGGGAAGAAGCAGAUGAAGGGGAUGAACUUUCACUCCCACCCUCAACCACCAUCAUUUCAUAAUGACAAGCUCGACCAGUCUGUGCUCAAGGAGCUACAACGGAGCAUGGGGGCAGAAUGGGUGAGGGAGAACGUCAAGGAGAACUACACGACGAGCUCGGGAACGAGGAAGCGAGCCAGGGAGGAGGGUCCAAGACGCGUCAAGGAGGAGCUGGAGAGGGAAAGGCAGCAUGAGCAUGAGCAGGAAACAGAGCAUGAGAGCCCAGUCUUGCAACUUCCUUGCGGUGAGACGGCUAGGUUGAGGAAGGCGAUCAGCGACUGCUCCUUGAUCGCUCGAGAACGACGCCUGGACGCUGCUUACGUCCUCAUGCGCAUGCUCACCCGCAAGCAGGAAGAUUAUCCGAAGUGGAGGAGAGUGUUGUCAGCUGUGAUGCUGCAAGGACAAGCUCUGGUCGCUCGCCUUCACCGAGGAGUGCUGAAACUCGAAGAUAGAUCCCUUGGGCAAACUAAGGCAUGGAACCAGCAGCUCGAAACAGAGCCGGAGACCGUUGCAGGUAUCGAUCCCCGAUACAACUUCCGAGACGAAGUUUUACUCGCUGCCUGA